UACGUGUGGUUGCUAAGGCCGCAGUGAUAAAUAGAACCGUUGGGUGAAGCAUUCAUAGCCAUGUUUUUUCGUUUAUAAAGCUCAGCUAUUGACUAAUAAGAAUCAAGGAUUGGAAGUAACCGUUUUAUAAAAUAUAAUUACACGUAACAAAAUAACAUAACACAAAGUGAUAAAGUAUAAAAAGCAACACUAGUAGGCUAGUAUCACGUAGACUACAUCAGUGGUUUUCAAACUGGGGGCCGCGAGAUGGUGCCAGGGGGGACCCAGUUUUAUGACAUUUUAUGAAAUACAUUAAUUUAUCAUGAAUUCUGUGUAAUUAAACCAAAAUCACUACUUUUUGUAUAAUUUAAUGUUUUUUUUUGUUGUUGUUAAAAUGUUGAGUUUUAGAACAGUUUUUUGUCACAAAUUUUCUUUGGGGGGCCGCGAAGGAAUGCACCGUACACAAGGGGGGCCACACGCUGAAAAAGUUUGGGAACCACUGGACUACAUUACUGCUACAAGCUACUCGCGAAUGUGAAGGGCGCUCUGACACUCUAAAAAAUUAGUGCUAAAUAGCACUAAAAACUUGUGGAACCAUUUUUAGUGCUAUGUAGCACCUAUAAAGCACCUAUGAAGAACUAUCUGGGGGUUAUAUAGCACCACUAUAGCCAGGGGCGUUGCACAAGAUCUCUGGCCCUAUGCAUAGGCAGUCCUUAUGGGCCCCCAUGCCCCACACCCAUAAUAUAUUAUAUAUAGACGUUUCAAGAGCCCUCUUUUCCUUUGGGGCCCUGGUAAUUUGUACUGGCUUUACCCCCAGUCUGACGCCCCUGACUAUAGCACAAUAUGGUUCUACACAGGUGCUAUAUGACACUUAAAAUUGUUCCUCUAUGAUUCCGAGUCAGUGAACCACUUAUAGUGCUAUUUAGCACCAUUUGUUUUUAGAUUGUACCUUUCACAUGAAUUAACUACAGAAAUGUUAUGCUCCCUUCGCGUCAGUGCACUUGUAUCAACAUUAACGGGUACUUGCACACUGGCGCGGAGCAGAGCGAGACUGUUAAAAAUAAGUGUAGAUACAGAAUAACCAGUGAGCUAAAGAGAGAAUGGAUUCAUUACGCAAUAGAAAGUCUAUAAGGAUGCAUAAAGAUAUAGUUCACCCAAAAAUGAAAAUUGAAUUAUUUACUCACCCUCAUGUUGUUUUUAACAAAUAUGAGUUUAUUUAUUCUGCUAAAAACAAAUGAAGACAGUUUGAUUAAUGACGGUGAGCACAAAAUUGAGUUCCAUUUGUCCAUGAAAAACAAAUACUGUGCAAGUCAGUGGGUACGUCAAAUGUAUGCUCACCAUCAUUAAUCAAAUUAUCUUGUUUUGUGUCCAGCAGAAAAAAGAAACUCAUAGAGGUUAAGCACAACAUGGGGGUGUGAGUAAAUGAUGGCAGACAUUUUAUUUUUGGGUGAACUACUCCUUUAAGAAGAGAUAAAAGAACAUGACAUGAUAAAUGAUUUCCUUCGUUCACCAAAUUGUGUACAUAUAAAUGGUAAAGAGGGAGGCAACCCAAUUCAUAAUAACCCCCUCUGAUAUUAACCUACAUUCAUCCAUCAAAGCAGUUUGUGAUUGGUGCAGAAAGCUGGAGGAGGAGUCAAUUCUCAGCAUGCCAGACACGGUCUGUGUGGGCUAGAGGAUAUCACUCGCCUGCCUUUCUGCCUGCCAAGUGUUGGAAGCGCUCAGGAGAGUCUGUGUGCCUCUAUUUGAAUGCUUUGAAUGAGUCGGUGCAUCUAUGUGCACUUAGAUCUUGUAGACUUGCGUUUUUUAUUAAUGUUUCCUGACUUAUUGUUUAACCAUCUUGCUGCUUUGGAAGAAGAAAAGUUGUCUCUGAGGUGAGGGAUAAUUGGAUGCUUGUAUGUGCAAGUACACUUAAAAGCCGUUUUAAUGUCAACCUGCCUGACUGAUGAAUCAUCCGGUAGCUUCUAAGACUGAUUUAGACUGACGAUAUUUUCGGAAAUGAACACCUCGCAUCUUCAUGGACUGCAUCAUUCUUUUAGGAACCACAGCCAGGGUGCUUUACCCGUUGGUAAGGUUGCUCAGGGUGAGAGAGGAUCUGCAUCUGGAUGCUAUGAGCAACUGCUCAUCUCCACGGAGGUCUUUCUCACACUUGGACUCGUGAGUCUCCUGGAGAACAUUCUGGUAAUCGCAGCCAUCGUCAAGAACAAGAACCUCCAUUCUCCCAUGUAUUUCUUCAUCUGCAGUCUAGCAGUGGCAGACCUGCUGGUCAGUGUCUCCAAUGCCUCGGAAACGGUGGUCAUCGCGCUCAUCACAGGGGGCAACCUGACCAAUCGUGAGAGCAUCAUCAAGAACAUGGACAACAUUUUCGAUUCGAUGAUCUGCAGCUCGCUGCUAGCGUCCAUUUGGAGUUUGUUAGCUAUCGCCGUGGACCGCUACAUCACCAUCUUCUAUGCCUUGCGCUACCACAACAUCAUGACCCAGCGGCGGGCGGGCAUCAUCAUAACCUGCAUCUGGACCUUCUGCACGGUCUCCGGCGUGCUCUUUAUCGUGUACUCGGAGAGCCCCACCGUUCUCAUCUGCCUUAUCAGCAUGUUCUUCACCAUGCUGGCUCUCAUGGCCUCGCUCUACGUCCACAUGUUUCUCCUCGCCCGGCUGCACAUGAAACGCAUCGCUGCCCUCCCCGGUAAUGCCCCUAUCUGGCAGGCGGCGAACAUGAAGGGGGCCAUCACCAUUACCAUCCUCCUCGGGGUGUUUGUGGUUUGCUGGGCUCCUUUCUUCUUGCACCUUAUCCUCAUGAUCUCAUGCCCCCGCAACCCGUACUGCGUCUGCUUUAUGUCUCACUUUAACAUGUAUCUCAUUUUGAUUAUGUGUAACUCGGUCAUUGACCCUCUCAUCUAUGCCUUCAGGAGCCAAGAAAUGAGAAAGACCUUUAAGGAGAUUUGCUGCUGUUGGUACGGACUAACCUCUCUUUGUGUCUAAGCUUGGGCGCUCUGUACUGUCAUACAAAGAGAAAAUGCAGUAAAUACACUGUGAAAACGAAUGAUUUAUGAACUAAAUCAAGUCUUUUGGACUGUGUACUGAAUUGGGUGAACUGCUCAAGGUUUCAUAAAAUAAUGAAGUUUUAAAUGAAUUAAAAUUUUAAAAUGCCAGUUUUCUAUAUUUAUUGUAUAUUAUAUAUAAAUUAUAUGUUUAUUUCUAAGUAUUGUGUGUAACCGCUUUGAGAUUUUAUAAGAUGGUGGAAAGUUGUUUAAGGCUAAUUCUUGGUAUGCUUUUUAACACGAUACCUAGCAACCAUUGAUGGAGGAUGCUGAGCAUGUAGGUGAUCUAAUGACAGCACAUUGCUUUUUUGUAUGAUGAGUCUGUGCAUCUCAUCUGUCACCUGCUGCAAGCAGCAGAGAAAUGUAAUAUUAUGACUGUGCUGACAAUACAAAAACCUACCAGAAAGAAAACGGUAGAAAACAGGCACAGCAGCCAGCUUAUGGUAAUCACACAAGUACUCAGUUUCUGUUCAAAUGUUUUGUGAGAAAAGAUUCCUUGGGCUGGUUGUGUGUGGUUUUGAUUUAACAACCUGCAGUACUUUUCGGCAACUCUGAUUAUGUUGAUCCUUUACAUCAGUUCUCCAGCUUUAAGACCAUUACAGCACAACGAAUGUAUUAAGUGAUUACCAUGCUUAUUUUUAUAUGUAAGAUUAUAUAUAAGUUAAGAUUCUUUAUUAUUUUAUUUUUGUAAUGCUGAUUUAAAUGGUGACAAUAAAGCAAGAUC